AUGUCAUCGGACAAGGUUCUGUACAGGCUGGAGCAGCCCCACGGUCCGGGGAGAACGUACAUGAGCUGGCGCCCGGGCAACAGCACCCACCUGGCGACCACGGGAUGCGACACGACAGUCGCCAUAGUCGACCGGCAAGGGGAGCUCCAGGAGCGCAUCCAACUGCCCGGUCUGUGCUCGGGUUUCGGCUGGGACGCCGACGGUGACGUGUUGGCCGCGGUGUCGAGCAGCUCCUCGGUCAUCGUACUGUGGGACGCCACGACCGGCAAAAGGUCCCAAAUCGACGCCGGGGUCAGGGACGGCCUCUGCUGCAUGAAGUGGGCCAAGCGUCACAGCGUCCUGGCCGUGGGCACCCACAAGGGCAACCUCGUCAUCUACGACCACCGGAACGCAAAGAGGGUGCCGAUUUUGGGAAAGCACAGGAAAAAAAUCACCUGCGCCGCUUGGUCGAUGGAGGGUCUGUUGGCCCUGUCCGGCGAGGACAGAAUACUGAGCGUCAGUACGAGCGACGGGGACACCAGACGGGAAGUGGAACUGCACGGCGACCCCUCCAACAUCCAGUUCGGGGAGAUGAAGACGGACCAAAGGGCCGGCGGGGAGAACACCGUGUCGCUGAUCGUGGGCAAGUCCACCCUGUACCUCUACAACAUCUUGGAUCCGGACAAUCCGAUAGAGCUGACGUUCCAAAAAAGAUACGGCCCCAUAGUGUCCUACAGAUGGUACGGGGAUGGUUACAUUUUGCUGGGUUUCGAAGCCGGCUACAUAUCGGCCAUCUCGACCCACAUAAAGGAAGUGGGCCAGGAGUUGUUCCAAGUGAAGAACCACCGGGACUCCCUGAACGACAUCGACGUCAACCAAGCGAUAGGCAAGGUCGUGACGUGCGGCGACAACAAUUUAAAAAUACACAAUCUGCAAAAUUGCGAGGAAACGGAGAAGGUGAUAACGGUGAGCGGCGAAACCGGGGUGAGCCUGGUGUCGUGGUCCAUGGACGGUUCGAUGCUCGCGGCUGUCACUCACAGCGGCAACGUCCUCAUAUACUUGGCUCGGAUCCCAAAGUUGAUGAGCGUAUGCGGCAACAGGAUCGCCGUGCUCGCCAGUUUGACCGAGGUAGCCGUGUACUUGUACACUUUGGACAAGACGCAGGCGCAACCACAAAUAAUCAACACCAUCAUAGAGCCGUCGAUCGUUAGCAUCGGUCCGUUGCACGUGGCAGUUGCGCUGAACAACAGAGCCCUAUUUUGGAACUUGAGCGUCGGGCAAAACACCAGCGCGUCCAUGGUACACUUUGAAAGAGAUUACUUGGCCUCCGUCGAGUCGAUGAACAUGAACGAAGUGUACGCUUCGGUGCUCUUUGACGGCAAGCUUCAAUUGCAUUCGAUCAAAAGUGACAGCAGUCUCAUGAGCGCUGGAAAAGACUCGAAAAUGUUCCCGGACCACAGUGCCCUGAGCUCAAGGAUCACGUGCCACGCCCUGUCUGCCGAUUUCUUGGUCUACGGAGACGACCUCGGCGACAUCGUGUACUUUCACCUGGAGGAAUUCAAGCGAGCCACCAAACUCUCGCACAACAACGGCAUCAAGCAAUUGUACCUGGACGCCAACGGUUCCCUGCUGAGUUUCAUCGACAGCAAGCUCGAAGCCUUCGUGUGGGAUCCCAUCAACGAGGCGAGCUACUACGCUCCCGACUGUCCCGACUCCGUCCAAGGCAUCCUUUGGGACCAGAACCUCGACGAGCGCACGAUUUUCGCUGCCUACAACGGCACCACCGUGGCCACGUACGCGUUCAUGAGGUACCACGUGAACGGCACUAGGGUGAACAAGAUCAGCGAGACCAAGCUACCCUCCGACACGAUGCCGGCGCUCAUGUACUCGGGCGAGGUGACUUUGACGACGGCGGGCAGCAAAUUGAUACAGAUCACUUUGUCGUCGCACGAGGACAUCGGGAACGUCAACGACAAGAAGAAGUUGCGCGAAAUUCUCGGGAAACAGAUGGCGUGCGAAAGGCUCCAACAAGCAUGGGAGACCUGCCUCAAACUCAACGACGAAAGCGACUGGAUAAAACUGGGCGAGGGCGCGCUCAUGAAUCUGGAACUGGAAACAGCUAUGAAAGCUUACCGACGAAUCGAGAACGCCUCGAUGGUUUGGGCGAUACAAAAGCUGGAGAACGUUUGUGAAUUGGCGUUGCUAAAUGGUCACGUGUGCACCUUGCUGGGCAAGCACGACGAGGCGGAAAAGUACUUUUUGCAGUCUUCGGAGCCCGUGGAAGCUCUCAACUUGAGGAGGGAUCUCAUGCAGUGGGUGCAGGCACUGAAUUUGGCUCAAACUCUGAAACCCGAUGAGAUACCGUUCAUCGCCAAAGAAUACGCUCAACAGCUGGAAUUCACGGGAAACUACCCUAAAGCUCUGAGUAAUUACGAGCGUGGACUGUCGGGAACAAGCGAUGCCCUACUAAAGCAAAACCCAAACCACAAGAUCCAGUGUUUGGCAGGUAUAGCGCGCACGUCGAUCAGGUGUGGGGACAGUCGCAGAGGCGUCUCCAUCGCCAUGGAACACGACAGCCCGCGCUACCUGAGAAAAGAGUGCGCCGAGAUCUUGGAGAGCAUGAAGCAAUUCAACGAGGCUGCCCAGCUGUACGAGAAGGCAGAGUACUUCGACAAGGCUGCGUCGGCGUACAUAAAGUUGAAAAAUUGGCAAAAAGUCGGGCAGCUUUUAUCACAGACAUCCUCGCCAAAGAUCAACGUACAAUACGCCAAGGCCAAGGAAGCCGAGGGAAAGUACGAAGAGGCGGCCAAAGCAUACGAGACUGCCAAGGAUUACGACAACAUUAUUCGCAUCAACUUGGAGCACCUCAACAAUCCUGCUCGAAGCGUCGAAGUUGUCCAACAGACCAAGAGCAUCGAGGGAGCGAAGAUGGUGGCUCGAUUUUUCCAAAAAAUGAACGACUACAAUUCCGCCAUAAAGUUCUUGAUACUGUCCAACUGCCACGACGAAGCCUUCCAGCUUGCGAGUCAGCACAGCAAGAUGGAACUGUACGGUGAGAUUCUGGCCAACGAGGUGGACGACGCCAACGUGAAAAAGGAGGAUUUCCGAAGCCUCGCCAUGUACUUUGAGUCCCAGCAAAACAGCCUCUUGGCUGGCAAGUAUUACUACUACGCCAAAGAACACCACAAGGCCUUGAAGUACUUGUUGAAAGCCGCGCAGUUGACGACCGACGACGACGAGGCACUGAACUUGGCUAUCGAAACGGUUGCUUCCUCUCGGGAUGAGAGAUUGGCCCAUCAACUGAUAGAUUUUCUCUUGGGUGGCGACGGCUUGCCAAAGGAUCCAAAGUACCUGUUUCGUUUGUACAUGGCUCGCAAGCAGUACCGCGAGGCAGCGAAAACUGCGGUUAUCAUCGCCAACGAGGAGCAAAUCAACGGCAAUUACAGAAACGCGCACGACGUUCUGUUUAGCAUGUACCAAGAGUUGAAGCGCAACAAGAUCAACGCGCCCCUCGAGAUGCAAACCAACAUGCGGCUCUUGCACUCUUAUAUACUGGUGCGGCUGCACGUCAAGAGAAACGACCACCUGAAAGGGGCCAGAAUGCUGAUCAGGGUGGCCAACAAUAUCUCGAAAUUCCCAGCUCAUGUCGUGCCGAUCCUGACAUCGGCGGUAAUCGAGUGCCAUCGCGCGGGUCUCAAGACCGACGCUUUCAAUUUCGCCGCGAUGCUGAUGCGACCAGAGCACAGGAAUCACAUCGACGCAAAGUACAGCAAGAAAAUCGAGGCUAUUGUGAGGAAGCCACCGCGUACCAAAGAGAAGGAAGAAGACGAGCCUCUCACGAGCUGUCCCUACUGCAAGAGCCGACUUCCCGAGACGGAGGUCAAUUGUGACAUGUGCAAAAACACGAUUCCCUUUUGCAUAGCUACGGGCCGGCACAUCGUGGAAGAUGACUUUACCGCCUGUCCGAAGUGCGACUUUCCAGCCAUAAGGAGCGAGUUCUUGAAGAUCGUCGAGACUGAGGAAACUUGUCCCAUAUGCUCGGAGCGCGUCGACCCGAAGAGCGUACCCAACAACCUGGACAUCCACCCGUACCUCUAUUUCCACAGCAACAACGAAACCGUAGAUACUUGAUAGUUGUUCCUGAUGCGUACCGCAUGGUAUACAUAUACGACAGCAAUCACGAGAAGAGAUCGAGGAAGCGGGAAAUACUAAAGGAUUACUCGAUCUCGAGGACCUCCAAACGA